AUGAAAACAGUAACAACUCUUCUCCUGUUGUUUUUACUUUAUGUGAAAAGCGAAGUUGUCUGUUCGCCUAAGACAAAUGACUGUGUCGAUGGAUUUGUCCCAUAUGGGACUUCAACUGAAGACAUCCAAUUCUGCACAACUCUCAAAAUUGAGUACCACAUCAAACUCACCAAAAAGUGCUUUGAAGUGUUUUUGGAACAUCCAAAAAUUGUUUUGAGUGCGUACUUAAAUUUGACAUCUGAUUUUAAUGUCUUUGAAGACCACGAUGUGAUUAUCACUUAUUUGAACGAAGUCAAUUUACGUGGGUUUUUAGAUAUUUCAACUGCAAAGAACUUUGUGAUGGAGAGAUUGACAAAACUUAAUAUCGUUGGUGAUGUAGAAUUUGUAAAUGACUUCACAGUUCCUGACAACGCUGAUAUUUUCAUUGAUGGGACUUUGACGCUUCAUGACAAAAAUUUAACAGUCCCAAAUUAUAGCCUUAUAAUACCAAGAGUUAUGAAUGUCUAUGGAAGCUCAAAUAUAACCUUCGUGAACGUUUAUUACUCAUCACUACUGAACAAAACAGUUGCUUUCAAUUUUUUCGACAAUACAAUUGUCACUCUUGAAAACACAAUUUACUUCUCUCCAAUCAGAAUUAAUAUUGAAGUCAAUUUCUAUAACAAUUCAUGUGCUACUCUGUUAGAUAGUGACGUCGAUGUGAAUAUAGGGUUUCAUGGAAAUUCAGUCGCACGGUCAUUGGGAUCUGUUUUAUAUACAAACACAAUAAACGGUGCAGCUUAUUUCUUUGAUGCUUCAAAACUCGAAAUCGCCGGUAAACUUUCAAUACAAAACCCUUCCAUAUUUUAUGAUAAUUCAGUUUUAAAUUUUACUAACAGAAACAACUUAAAUGUACCAGAGUUGUCGUUCUACAAUAGUUCCAGAGUAAAUAUGAUUUUCACUGGUCUCACAUCACAAACAAACUGGCAGGUGAAAACGGAAUUUUAUAUGUUUGACACUACUGUUAUUGUUUUGAAAAAUGUUGUGGUAAAUGUUUUGAACAUAGUAUUGUCUAAUCAAUCAAAAAUGAUGCUUGAAACUUAUGUUAACAUCACUGGAACUGAAUUUUUACUGAUGGACGCCGCUAUAAUGAAGGCCGAUGCAGAAGCAAUGAUCGAUGUUGCAAGACUGUCGUUCACAGAUAAUUCCAAAUUGUAUGUUGGCGAUAUAUGGAGCUUUUUUACCUACGCUCAAAGUAAAAUGUCUGGACAGAGCGAGUUUUAUAUUGGAGCAGAUGCUUUCCUUAUAUUCUCCAAACGACAACAUUCGCAUGUGAAUGUUAAUAUUACUUUUGAGGGCAGUUUUACUGUUGUUGGUAAUACAAACUCAUUGUUACUUUUUGAAGAUGUUUACACGACCUUUGGUGGACACUCGAAGAUUAAAUUAUCUAACAGUUUUUUGGUAGUAGAUGGUAUUUUGGUGCUCAAAGACAACACCGAAAUUUACUUGAGAAAUUUGUCGAGUGUGACAACUGGUCUUGCCAAUUUCAACAUAGACAACGAAUGUGAAAAUAAAACGGAAUCGUUCACUGAAGAGUGUUCUUCUCUGAAUGUCUUAGAUAACGUUUUUAUAUCGACAGACUCCGUUGUGGAAUCUUCGGAGUCUGUUUUUUAUAACGAAAAAGGCAACACCAAAAUAGAGGAGACGGUCAUAUUUGAGUCUACUACACAUCGGUGCAUUGAUAUCAUAGCUCCAGAUGACACUUAUGUAUUCCAACUUGGCAUUUUAAACAACAAAACGUUUUCAUUUGUCUCUGCAAAUCAAUUAGUUAGACAGUGCUCUGGGGAGUUCGAAGGUGAAGUGUAUUGCCACAUGGACUAUGAUGUAUAUACAUCAACAUCGUUCAAACAAAAGCAGUGUCCAUGUUUCACUACAUUAUCAGAAACGUGUUACACAACUUCUCUCACACAAGACGUCAGAGUGCUUGACGAAGAAAUUCAAACGGAGUUUAGUUCUGAAGUGAAUUUAUUGUUCCAAAAUGCGUCGAGUUCGAUGCAACAAAUAACGGGAAAAGUAAAGAAAGUAGUGCUACAAAGUGGUGUCACAAUACCUUUAAAUUUGGAACACAAUACAAUUGAAAGAAACAAAUUUCGUAUCUCUAUAAAUUGCUUAGAAAGUGAUACCGUUGCCACCAUAGAUAUUGAUAAUAACUUGUUGUUCUUGGGAAGUGGUGGUCCGUACGUUUUGUAUAUGGAAAAAGGAAAUCACGUGUAUGAACUCAACAUUAUUUAUAUUGCAGAAGACGUGUUGGUAAUAGCCAAAAAUGGAUUUAUUAUGACUCAAGCGCCAGGUGUAUUGUGUUCUUAUGGAAUAUUGAAAAAGGGUGGAUUGGAGUGUUUAAGAAUAAAAUCUAUAGAGUGCGAUAAAACUAUGCACCCAAAUGAAAAUUAUACACAAUGUGUUCCUUGUCCACAAAAUUGCUUGAGGUGUAGAGAUGAUACUUUGUGUGAUAUAUGUGCUGAUGGGUAUUAUCUAAAUGAUGGUAGUUGUGUUUAUAUACCCAAUGAAUGUACUUAUGUGACCCACAACCAUUGUGCAUAUUGUAAUAACACAGGUGUUGUUAAUGGAACAUGUGCAAUAGAGCCAAUUGAAGAAAACUGCAUUGAAUUUUUUAAUGAUAAAUGUGAAUUGUGUGACGCAAGUAAAAAUUCUAUUUUACAUGGCGGAAUUUGUGAAACAAUGCAAAAUGCCAAAUUUGUGUCGGCAAAGGCAAUUUUAGAGUGUGAAGAUGGGUUUUAUUUGUCUGGAAACACAUGUGUACCAUGUUUAGAGAAUGAAAUGUUAUGUACACUUCACUCUCCAGUUCAAUGUACAAAAGGGUUUCUAUUAAAUUCCCACACAAAGGAAUGUGACUCAUUACAUUGUGAUACUUUUAAUGAAAAUGGGUCGUGUACGGUUUGUUCGAAUGGGUAUAUGAUUUCAUUAAACAACAAGUGUGUUCUAACAAUUGAAAUGUGUGAAGCUGCACUUGACUCAAUAUGUGUGUUAUGUGAAGAUGAUAAUUACAACAUUAAUGGAAAUUGUUAUACAAACAAAUCGGAGUUAUGUGAAGUUGGUGAUGAACGUGGGUGUUUGUCGUGUAAAUCUGGAUAUUACAGCACUACCAAAUUUGAGUGUGAACCUUGCGACUCGAAGUGUAGUUCUUGUGUCACAACAUCAACUUCAUGUUCUGAGUGUUCUUCAACAACAUAUAAAGACGAAUCGGGUAAUUGUGUUUCGACCAUUGAUUUGGACUUAAAAUGCACGUGGCACACGCCGUUUGGGGAGUGUCCAUCGUGUCUUGAUGGCUUCUUUUUAAAUUCGCUCACAUGUUAUCCAUGCAGUGUUUCUUGUAAGACGUGCAUUGAAACUCCAAGUACUUGUGUUUUGUGUGCUGACGACUACUUCAUGAAUAUCAGUGGGUGUUCCCUUAAAAGUGAUGUUGUUGGAUGCGAUGGUGAUGUGUCAUCCACAACGGGAUGCAAUAAGUGUCAAAUUGGAUAUUAUAAAUAUCUUCGUGAAUGUCGGCCGUGUAAGGAUGAUUGCUUUUCUUGUAAUAUAGACAACAAAUGCACAAGUUGUUUUAACACUGAUGUUUUACUCAAUAAUGGUACUUGUAUCUUGAUGAGUAAUGUUCAGUUCUGUGUUCAAGUUUCAAAUUCAAAAUGUGAGAAAUGUUCAUUUUGGCACAGUGCAAGUGACGACGGAACUUAUUGUUUACGACAUUCUGUGUGGUGGGUCAUAUUUAUAUGUGUGAUGUUUCUUGUAGGAGUCACUUCUUUAAUGGUUUUAAUAACAUCUUUCGUUGUAAAGAAAGUUGUCGACACCCUUCAUGAGAUGAAGAUGAAAGAAAAGAUCCACCUCUUCUCGAUGAAACACAUGGACAACUCCAAAUUUGUACAACUCUCAGUUGGGAUUCUUGUAAACAAGACCACACUCACAUUUUCAAACGAUUCGGAUCUUUUUAAAAACAGUGGAGAAAUCGAAAUACCGGUUGGAGAACCAACAACCGAAAUACUAAUGUUGGGAAACGUUUCAGGGACUGCUAUUAAAUUCCAGAUAAUGACCAGAGAAACAAACGAGAAGUUUGAAAUUCGAAUUGAACCGCCAGUGGUCACUCUAAAAAAUAACCAAGCCUGUGAGUUCAAAUUCACAAUCAUUCCAAAGUGCACGUGCGCUAUAAAACAAGACGUCAGCAUAGUAUCGCAGUUACUCAAGAAUGAAAAUGAACAAAUUGAUACUAUUUAUAUAGCAACUAAAACACAGUUGUCGUCCCGACUCGACCCAGAAGAAAUAGUGUUGGACAAGAAAUUGGGUGAAGGUUCAUUUGGUGUUGUUUUUAAGGGUGUGUACAAAGGGCAGAGUGUAGCAGUGAAGAAACUUAAAAACAUUGAAGGUGAAGAGGCGCUUAAAGAAUUUGAGAUUGAGGUGAAGAUGCUGGAGAAAUUUAAAAGUGAGUAUAUAGUCUAUUUCUAUGGUGCUGUAUUUAUACCAAACAAAAUCUGCAUGGUCACCGAAUUGGCGCAAUAUGGUAGUUUGAGGGAUGUCAUGGAAAAAGUUAUGGUGUUAGUCCCAAUGACGCUAUCAAUGCGAAUUAAAAUGAGUCUUGAUGGUGCAAAGGGCAUUUUGUAUUUACAUUCAAACAACAUAUUACAUCGAGACAUCAAACCAGAUAACAUAUUAGUCACUUCAUUGGAGGAAAAUGUGAUUGUCAAUGCCAAGUUGACUGAUUUUGGAUCAAGUAGAAACGUGAAUUCAACACUUUUGAAUAUGACAUUCACCAAAGGGGUGGGAACUCCAAAAUAUAUGGCGCCAGAAGUCCUUGACAGAAAACAUUAUGAGAAACCCGCUGACAUCUAUUCUUUUGCAGUUACAAUGUAUGAAUUAUUUAAAUGGGGUGACGCGUAUGAUCCAGACAAGAUACGGUCGUGGGAUAUAGCGGAUAACGUGUGUAAAGGGUUGCGACCGAGUCUUGACGACGUUGAUGAGAAAGUUCGUGACGUUGUACUUAUCGCGUGGGGGCAAAGUGUUGAGAAAAGAGCGACUGCACAAGAACUAGUGACUGAAUUAACUAAAUUGAUAUAG